AUGAAUAAACAGGAAGAAGAUAGGCCACAGCGAGAGCAAAUUUCAACGGUCCAGGAAAAUGAUCCCGGGAAGCUGCAACAACUAGGAAUGUUGUUAGUAUCCCCAGGAUUAGAUGAGGAGAGAUUGAGUGAGAAAAUGAUUUCGAAGAUUAAAAAAUCCAAGGAUAUUGAGCGGAACCAAAAACUACUGAUAUCUAAGCUGUCUCAAAAAGAGGAGGAUCAUACUGGUAAGCCUCCUACUAUUACCAUUUCUUCAGCAGAAAAAACUGUACCUUUCAAACCGCCGAAUCAUUCUUUGAAGAGGAAGAGGAUUCCUCCGGCAUUGAACUUUUCCGACAUACAAUCACCUUCCCAAUUGCAUGCGUCUAAAAGUGCUCCGCCAAACAUAACAAGGUUCCCACGACAUAAAAGCAAUCUUAGAGUCAGAUAUAUGGGUAGACUGGCUCCUUCUGUCCAAGAUUAUUCUUCUCCAAUAACGAAUUCAUGUAUGACAGCAACCUACCCUUAUCCUUAUACUGGACUGCCGUCAGUACCAUAUUACCCAUAUAUUUCAACGCCAACACACUCCCACCCCUACGAAGGCUAUUAUUCGAUGUAUCCCAAUACUUUAUAUAAUGGAACAGUAACAUCGGCAGAUCAUCAAGCAAAGCGGAAGAAAGCCACAGGGAGGUCUGCACACUUGGACGAUCUGACUUCCAGAAAAAGGGGCUUUAUUUCUAGACGUCACCACAGCGGCGACUCUAUCACCAGUAAAAUUGAUAGAGACACAGAAUGUCCUGUUACCAGACAUUCAUUAAGCGAGGACGCUUCGCUUAACGACGAUGCAGAUGAUUACAACGACAAAGAAAGAAGCAUAAUUGGAGAAAUUUCUCUGUAUGAUGAUGUUUUCAAAUUUGAAGUUUGCAACGACAAAGAUGAUUAUAUGAAAGCGUGUGAGAAAAUAUGGAACGAAUGGCAUAACUUGAAGAGAUGA